AUGGAUCCUUCGGGAAGAAACAAUGCAACUUAUGGAAAAAAAUAUUUGAGUGCAAAUUUUUCAAUCGAGAUACAAGUGGCUUUAGAUGCAGCCAAGGAGUUUUCCGAUACGCAUCCUAGGUUCGUAGGGCAUAAAGCCAUUGGUUAUGCGACCAGAAGUCAAGACGAAACAGCCUUUCAGAGGUCUUUGAAUAAUACCUUGACCAUAUUUCAGAGUUAUCCUCAACACAUGAUUGGAUUCGAUGCCGUCGGAGAAGAAGAUGCUGGGUACUCGUCGUUGAAGUUCAUCCAUGAGUAUCUAACUAACUUUCAAAAGGGUCGGUUGCUAUGCGACCUGAUGACUUACACGAAAGAUGAUGACAUAGUGCCAACGUUGGAGAAUGCUUACGAAUCCAUUUUGUUGGCCGCGAAAAGGGUGGGCCACGGCAAGGGCUUCCUCAAAAUGCCCUACCUGCGCCAAAUAAUGAAGGAGAGGAAGGUUGCCGUUGAGGCUUGUGUUGUUAGCAAUCAAAUUCUUGGAUACGAUCCAGACCUACGCAACCACUUUGCACAAGUUUACCACAAGGAAGGCAUCCCAAUCGUCCUCGCUCCAGAUGAUCCUGGCACGAUGGGAUACGAUACAGUUGUUGUCGACUGGUACGUUGCUUACGUGGGAUGGGGUUUAGAGCUUGGUGAUCUGAAGAAGAUAGCCCUCAACUCUCUCGUCUACAACGGAUUGACUGAUGCCGAGAGAAAUGUUGCCAUUGAACAAAAGUGGAGACCAUCGUGGAAUGAGUACAUAACUAAGAUGAAGAACAUCGCAUGUGCAAGAGACUUCGCUGCCGAAGCUGCCAAGGAAAACAGGACUGUAAAGUUCGUGCAACUGUUGCCAACUGAGGGCUACGAAAGCGGAAACGUGCACGUGUACGGUCGGAACUUUGAAGUUGCCAUCUGUAAGGUACCGAAAUGUCGAUUUGAAUCGAUUGGCGAUGUGAAUGCCAUCUACAUAUCAGACAGGCACAUUGUAUGCCCCGCUCCCAAGUGUCCCGCUUGUGCUGGCAAAUCAACGAAGGUCAGUUUGAAGGUAGCCUUGGAUGGAGAUAAUUACAAGCAGACCAAUCUGGAUUUCUCGCUGACGUUUGCGGCGGCCGGGAGUAAAAGUUCCUUUACAGCGUCCAUUUCUAUUACAAUAAUUGUAAACUUUGUUUAUAAAUUACUUCCUUAA